CGCAAUAUUGUUUUAAUUUUACUAUACUUUUCUGCUCUGAAUUGAGAAAAGUAAUUGUAUUUAUAUAUUUUUUAAACGCCUUCGUAAUCAACUCUGAUUUAUAAUUUUUAAUAUGGGUUUGUUUGAUAAACUGGCAUAUUUUCUUGGAAUAAAAAAAAGAGAAGUGAAUGUAUUAAUUGUAGGUUUAGAUAACAGCGGCAAAACAACGAUUAUCAAUCAUUUCAAACCUGAAGAACAAAAAUCUUUGGAAAUUGUUCCUACUGUUGGUUUUAAUGUUGAUCGUUUUCGAAUGAAAAAUUUGAGUUUCACUGCUUUUGAUAUGUCCGGGCAAGGCCGGUACAGAAAUUUAUGGGAACAUUACUAUCCAGAAGCGCAGGGCAUUAUAUUUGUAAUUGAUAGUAGUGAUGCCUUGCGUAUGGUUGUAGCCAAAGAUGAACUUGAAAUGAUGCUACAGCAUAAAGAUAUAAAAGAUCGCAAUAUUCCUAUUUUAUUUUUUGCAAAUAAAAUGGAUUUGAGAGAAGCGUUAUCGAGCGUCAAAGUUAGUCAAGCUCUAGGUUUAGAUCGCUUAAAAAACAAACCAUGGCACAUCUGUGCAAGCAACGCAUUGACUGGUGAAGGACUUGGAGAGGGUGUUGAAUGGCUUAGUGAUCAACUGAGAAAUUUUGUUCAGAAUAAAAAUUAAAUAUGUAACUGAACAAAUUGUGGAAUAUUUAUUAUAGUAAUUGGUGUUGUAAUCUAUUAUUUUAUAAUUUUGUUUCAUUUGUUUGAAGUAGCUUAUAUUUAUCAAAUUAUUAUUUCGACUUAUUAUGCACUAUUAACAUGCAUGGUAGUUUUUAUGCAGAUGGAUAUACAAAUACAAAGGGUUAUACAGUGUACUCAUUGUUUUUACAUGUAAUGUGUUUUAACUAUUGCAGCAUAAAUUUUUUAAGCAAUUUUCAAAUCUGCACCCUUUUUGUCAAUUAUCUAAUUUAUUUUGACUACAGAUGUAACAUAAUAAAUGCUGGUUUGUGGUGA